AUGGAUGCAGAUCUCAAGAAUCGUCGUCCUCAUGUAUGCACGCAGUCGGGUUGUGGUCGCACAUUCCUGCGUAAAGAGCACCUCCGGCGCCAUAUGCUGAAUCUUGACCUUUCUAUUCUCGAUGGCGAUCAAAUGUGCGCUGAGAUAAAUACACAAGAGAUCACUCAACCUGCUCUUGAUCCUCGAAGAUCCAGCUCCUUGAGUCUUGAGGAGCCGGAGGCCGAGCAUCGGCCUUAUAAUGAGCCUGUUGAAGAUACAACGAUGGCCGUUCCCGCUGAUACCGACAUACCGUCUCUUACGCCCGACCGGAACGAUAUUGAUUGGAUGCUCGACUCAUUUCUAGAUGCUCCCGAGCAUGAUUGGGCGGAAUUUCUGACAAGCGACGUGGGUCUUUUGCGUGAAGGAAAUGCCCCUCGCGAGACAGGGUUCCAAGAACUUGAUCAACUCAAGGAUUUGCCUAAUGAGCAACACGAAGACAAAUGGUCCGACUAUCAGACUUAUCUCCAUCGUGGGCUUGGCCAACUUGAUAUGGACCUACUUAACUCUCCCUUCUUUGACCCGGAAAAUCUCAGAAAAUUCUAUGAGUUAUACUUCCAACACUACCAUCCACAUUUUCCCAUUCUUCAUCAACCGACACUUACAUUAGCCACCACAAAUCCUUUACUAUUCGGAGCACUACUCGCACUGGGGUCAACGCUAAUAGAAGAUGAAACUCUGUUUGCACUUGGUCAACGCAUCCACGAUGGUCUUCGAUUAAUCAUUAUCAAUGCUGGAUUUUUCGCACCGCCUUUGUCGCUUUGGUGCCUACAGGCAUUGCUUUUGCUUCAAGCUCAUGGGAAAAUGAUGUCUUCGCGCAAAAACCACGAGCUAGCCCAAUUGAUGAAACAAACCGGUCUUACGCUAUCAAGAAGAGCAUACACAGCAUCGGAUCCUAAAUUGGAGUGGAGCCAGUGGAUCCAGGAAGAGUCGUGGCGCCGAGCUGCCUUCUUUGCAUUUUGCAUGGACUCACAGCAUGCGUGCAUGUUCGGACACCUUCCUGUUCUUUCAGUCAGCGAUAUGAAAAUGGCUCUUCCAUGCAAAGAGACAUUAUGGGAAUCUACCUCCCCCGAACAAUGGCAAGAUGCAUAUCGACCCGAGUCCGCACUCUGCGAGGACUUUCUUCCUACCUUGAAGAAAGUUCUCAAAAAUGCAUUGUUACCAACGGCGUACAGUGAAUUUGGCCGAUUCAUCAUUUUGCAUGGACUAAUAUGCCUCCAGGCGCAUUUGCAAAGAAGCUCACGGUUAACUUUGGGAAUCGAUCACGCGGGUUCAGAUUACUCUAACCUACCGGCUUCUAGGGCGAUGUUCACGCAAGUGGCACAAAACACGACGGAAAAUUCCCCAUCAUGGAUGAAUGUUAUGGCUUCUGCUCUGAAUACGUGGUCAACCUGUCUGCUGUCUCUGAAGCCGUCUUUGUGCUUGCUUGCGGCAAGCCCGCUACUUCGCAUGGCGCAGAUUACCUUGCACGUCCGAGUUGCGGAUCUCCUUACUAUGGCGACAAAUUCCUCAGAGGUAGAAAUCCGGCAAGCACAGAAAAGCUUCGAAGCCGCAAAAGGUCGAAUGUCAGAUUGGUUCUUUACACACUCAGCGCGCGAAGCAGUUCGUUAUGCAUUAAUUCUGGUACGAGAGACAAUGUUCUCUGGGAAACCAUAUAUUGCAUCCGAGGACCGUAUUGCACCAAGACCAUGGUGCUUAUAUAUUGCAGUGCUCACUUUGUGGGCAUAUGGAGAGACGGCGAAGCAACAUGGGUUUGCAGCUGGAGAAGAAACGGCGAGUGCGGAAGAAUAUGUCAUACUGAUGACACAGAUGCUGCAGAAAGACAUGCCUAGUCCUUUCGGUGCAGACCAGACAGCUGGACUAGUGUUCGCAACACAAAUGGCGCUAAGCAACUGUCGUUGGGAGUUGUUGCAUGAAGCGUGCCAGGUUUUGGAGAGGUUGAGUGGCCAAAGAUCUCGAGAUUCGUAA